CCACCAUCCUUCGGUGCGAUGCCACGACGCGUGGCGCCCACCCAGGCCGACAUCAAUACACCCAUUCAUUUGAACCGACGGUCGCUGGUGACGAGUGUCCUCUUCUUUGGCAACCUCCUCUUGAUGCCGUUCAAAGCCUACCUCUCGGAGGACUCGCCGUUCCAGCAGUCGAGUGCGCCAACAUCGCUGUUGCAGCCCAAAAACACAACGUUUGCGGCGUUUGAGCCGGUGUACUUGAAGCUUCUUCAAGAUCGGUAUGCGCAUAUACACGCUACGAAUACCACAGAGGACUACGUGUAUGAUGACACCUACUGCAUCGAUGUCUACCGCCGCGUCGUGUCUCUCGAAGGUCUCAGUCCAACGGCGCUUGUGCUAGAGUUUCCCACGUCAGCCUUGUACACAGCAUAUGCAGUGGAUUCGAUUCUGGCGCACGGAAACGGUACACUGGAUCAAGUACAAUUCGCAUCGUACGUCACCUUUCUCGACAUGACGGGGUUCAUUCUGGCCGCGUGGGUGCGCCCCGGCAAUACGAUCUCUGGAGACACGAGUGACGCUGGUGCGUACACGAUCUACGUUGCCUUCCGCAAUGUCGACUACCCCUACGUCAUUAUUUGCUGCAAAUUUGUCUAUCGGUGUCUUCUCAGCCUCGGUACCGCGAUGUACAUUUACCGUCACUACUAUUGUGCCGUGCGGCGAUUGCUCGUAGCUUACCAUCAGGCACCGCGAGCACCUGGCGUUAGUCAUGUCGAACUACUUAUUGGCGAGCCGACCGACUUUGUCUUGACGAACGCGUGGAUCACGCUCGGGUACACUACCGACUGCGUGCUAAGCUCUCAGUUUAUCGGGCGUGCGAUGAGCCGAGCGUACAAUACGGCCAUUGCGCCCGUGCCCGGUAUGCUUGGUCUUUUGUAUCUCUCUCGACUGGUGUGGUUUGGCUACAUAACGCUGGUGGGGGCCUCCCGCGUGCUUCAUGGGCGACACUUGACGCAUCUCUACGUGCCUGUCGACUCGCUCGUCGUCGCAGCGCUCGCAACGCUUAAUGCAGCAAGCGUCAUUGUGCUCAGCACCAACUCGUUUGGUUUUCGAGCUCUCUUUUACGUCCUCAUGCAGUCGGUGGUCUUACCCGAGAACGCCCGCUUUACGACAUUCUCGCCCUUUUGGCUCGGGGUUUUGCUUGCCUAUUGGAGCCGGGGGCGACGUGUGCAGCAGCAACCGGCGAUCUCGUUGCGAGCGCGACUGCUGCUUUGGGUCUAUGGUAUUCGCGGUGUCUCGCGCGCUAGCAAGGGGUGGCCAGCGCCGUACCUUGCGACCUUUCUUGCUGCGCACCCACCUGCUCGAGCCAAUUGUACGCUUAGCCAAGACGACGAAGACUGUUAUCUCAUUGGCUACGGCAAGGACGGCAAUGUGGUCUGGGUGCGUCGGCUGGUCUGGACGAAAACGCUGGCACUACAUCGUGCCACGUCAUUGGGCACGGACGCCUCACACGAUGCCACGUCACCAAUCGCACAUUUGACAUCGGACCCAGAUCUCGGAGCACGUAUUGUGCUGGGCGCGGGCGGGGCAAACGAGUGGAUCUACUAA